CCUGCCUCGACCUUGGCUCGACUUGAAUCAUCACCAGUAGCGAACGGCCCAACCUGGCUCCUACCUAUUUGGUACCCUCUUUACCUCCGCCGAGAUAACAGUACCCUUCAACUCCUGCGCGCUGGUGAGGAGAUGCGCUUCAGAAUCGCUGUUUUGUCGUUGUUGAGAAACCGUCGGCUAUUCUCAAGGAAAUGGCCGUGCCUUGAUGGAAGAUAUUUUCUUAAAGUGAACAGCUGGAGAGCAACUUCUCCUCGAGGGCGGGGUAUGGUUGUGCUCGGUCUUCUUGUGGGAGUCGGCGCGGUUUCGACAAUUUCUUGUCCGAAGGUGAAUGACAUCGCGUGCCUGUUCCAGCUGGGCGGAGUGUCAGCAGAUUAUGUACACAAUUCUCUGCCGUCCGAUACAAGCAUUCGAUUGUUAUAUUUGAAGCGACCUGACAGCGAGCAAGACAAUGUCAUUCGAUGCUCGUUGAAAGAGGUUGAGCUGGCUAAGCCACCUGAUUAUAUCGCGGUAUCAUAUACUUGGGGACUUCCAGAGAAGCGGGCUGAAGCCUACGAAACGAAUUCUGCGCGAUACCACACGAUCUAGGUGGACUCGAAGCCUUUUCAAGUGACAGAAAACCUUCACGAUGCUCUUAUCUUUUUCCGAUCGCUGUUGGAUGUUGAAGAUUAUCCUCUAUGGAUCGAUGCGAUAUGCAUCAAUCAGAAGGAUUAUGAUGAGAAAGGUAAACAAGUGAGUAUGAUGGGCACGAUAUACAACCAAGCCGACCGCGUGGUCGUGUGGUUGGGAAAGGAUGAGCGAGGAGACGGACCCGGGAUUGCACGAAUGAUCACUCAUCUUGCCGAUGCUUGGAACCAAUAUCCCAUGAAGGACAAUUGGGCCAAACUACCUAAUUUUCGGACGGUUGAUGAUCUCGACAACACUGACCUCCUAUUCGAAUAUGGGCUGCCGAUUUGGGGCACACGUGGUUGGAUUGCACUAGGUCUAUUCCUCAAUCGGGAGUGGUUUCACCGCCUCUGGUGCGCGCAGGAAAUUGCUCUGGCCAGGAAACCCGACGAUACCAGGUUGCAAUACGGCAGAACUUGCGUUGUUUGGAAUGACUUGAUCUCGGUUUCUAUCUUUAUGUCAAUCACCGGGCUCUGCAAGGUUGUUCAGGAACUGCUACAGAAUCGAGUCCAGGACGUCUCUAUCCAGCCAGGAAUGAUAGGCGAGGAAGCUAGCUCUCUCUUCUUGAUCGCCAGCUUUCUAAAACCAGACGUGCCCCCUGAAUGGGUUACACUUCUGAUGACUCAGUUAGAGCAGGCACCUGAAAACCUGAACGGGUACAAUUUCCUGUUGCUACUUUUGAGAAUUCUUCGGAAACGAGAAGCCUCCGAUGAGCGUGAUAAACUUUUGAGGUUACUUGGCAUGGUGAAUCAUUUUUGCGAGGUCAGGGGCAUUGAACAGGUCACGGUGAGCCCUGACUAUAAUCGGCCGCCUCUUCUGGUCUUGAAGGACGCUGCAAAAGACAUUCUGAUGAACACUCACGGAGGACUUACCUUUUUGUCACUCGGACGGUCAUGGUCACCAAUGGUUGACCGUCCAUCCUGGAUGAUUGGAUUUGCAGGAGUAGAGGCAGCAGGCAGGCCUCUCACAGAAUAUCUAUAUUAUAAUGUUACACCAACCUAUACCACGAAAGAAGGUGUCAUUCGCUUCCGGGACGAUGCACUUCAGCUUAGUGCUCACGAAGUCGGUACGGUUGAAGAAGUGUCCUUGACGGGUGCAGAGAUGGCAUCUGGAAAGUUCUCUGAGUAUCUCCACCUCGUUCGAAAGCUCCCGCUGCCCACCCGCACUGGUCAGCCCCCAACCGAAGUCUUAUGGCGAGUUCUGAUUGGGGAUCAUGACAGUUACAACAAAUCUGCUGACAGAGCAAGCGAUUCUAUCAGUGAGGACUUCUCGAGAUUCAUACAAUACAUGCUUUUGAGAGAAAAGCUAGCAGACAUCGCUCGCCAGAUACCUGAAAUGCAUUAUGAAGUGAAACUCCAUCUUCUCGACGAUCUCGCGUCGAACGACAAGAGUGGUUCGAUAUGCACAUCACAUCAGAUCAAGGAUCUGAUUAAGCAUCAUGACAUAGGAAUCGAAAAUGUGAGCGAUAGCGAGCGACGAAUAUUGGCAAUUAUACCCCAGAACGAUCGGUUCAUACGAGACGUACAAGAAAUGACAAGUUGUCGAUGUUUGUAUCGAACCGUUGAGGGAGACCUUGGACUGGGACCGCUAUCGAUGCGGCCCGGUGACCGAGUUUGGAUAUUGCGUGGUGCUCGGGUUCCAUUCGUGCUACGUCCCGCGACGGACGUGGACAAGGCCCAUUAUCACUUGCUGGGUGAGACUUACGUUCAUGGUGUUAUGCGCGGAGAACUCUUGGCUCAGGAUUCUUCACUGCAGUGGAAGGAUAUUGGUAUUGUAUGAGUUCGGAUGACCUUACUCUCAUGAUUAUUCGAGCCGUGUUUCUUGUUGGAUGCAUGAACGAAAUUGUCCGACACUUCCUUAGGAUAAUUCAGUGCCGCUCUUGAGAUUUCAGCUUCAGGGCAAACGUUAUUGUCUUGUUAUGUAAAC